AUGACGAGCGAACAAUACCCACAUCGCGAUGGCCUCGCAAGACGGCUGUUGGCUGCCUUCAUUGGCAAUCCGGACCCUGUUCUCCCCACAGCAGCUCAUAGUGUACCCACGAUGAAUAACCACAGCGAAACAAUGGGGCUGCCACCAGAAGUUCGAGCAAAGCGCCUCACAAUUGCGAGAACGGAAGCAAACGCGCUGAUUCCACCCAGCGACAAGCUUCUCGUCUUCCGUGCCCUCACAGGCAUCGACAGCGUCCCGACAUUGAAUACACUCCACCACUAUAACCGUACCGUGCCCAACGUCGGCAUCUACGCACGAGUGGUCGAAGCAGAGCAAACCACCGCCAAGCGAUACCGUUUCUACAGUAUUCUCAUCAACACCUGCCUGGAUGUGCAGAUUGUCGUUGCCGCAUCGCUCACAGCCCUCGGUGCCGCUUCAGGUCCACAUUCCGCCGUGACUGCGUUCGGCGCCAUCAACACCAUUAUGGCCGGAAUCCUGACCUACCUGAAGGGAUCCGGGUUGCCCGAUCGACUGAAGCACUACCAGAAUGAAUGGCGCAAUAUCCGUGAAUACAUUGAACAACGAGAACGUGAAUUUUGCUUGGAUGGCUGCGAACUUGACGUACAAGAGGAGAUUCAGUAUAUUGAGCACCUGUACGAAGGUGUAAAACGGGAGAUCGAAGGAAUGAACGGCGGCGGCGGCGAGAGUCGCGCGCCGAUGCAACAUGGCCAGUCCAAUCGAAGAUCAUUCUUGCCUUCGCAAUCGCGGAGCCAGGAUGCUUCAGGUCCAAGUCCUGUGACGAUUCCGGAACGGUCUUACGAAAAGAUAUGA